CUGAGCGAACUGAUAAUGUUCCGGAGGAAAAUUUUGGAGUUGUAGCAUAGCUAGCGUCUCUAUUGUUGCCCCAUGUUUUUACUACUACUAAAAGCAAAGAGGGGCAGCCUGGAGUGAACGUUUUUUGACUCUGGAGUAAAAUGAGCGGAGUAAACACGGAAAGAGUCCAGGUUUCCAACUUAACGUAACGUUUGCCUCCUAGCUAUGUUUAGCGCAGCUGCCAAGAUGUCUGUGGAGGCGAGUGAUGUUCAAACUGAUGAAGACUGUGAGGAGCUGAUUGAAGAUGGUUUCUCUCUCUCUGCUGAUGUCCCAGUAAAGAGAACAAGGAGGAGAAAAUCUGCUGGCAAGCCUCCUCAUUCUCCCAGGUCUCCAUAUCUCUCCAGUCUGAAUGUGAACCCCAGGAGAGGAGCCGUGGGGGCCGCCUGGAGACUGCCUAGGGGCUCCCUCGGGGACACCAGAGGAGACACACCUGGGGAGACUGGCUCAGCUCGCCUCACGUCCCUCAGCAACGGCCACGAUCUUUUCCAGACGCUCAGAUCAGAGUGUGAUGUUACGCCCGAGCUCCUCAAACAGAGCCCGAGCAUGAGGAAAUACAAACAUCUCCAGUCCGCGUGCAACGGUUUUGCUUUAGGUACAGGGGACAACAGGGACAAGGAGGACAUGCAUGAUGAGAUCAUUCGCCUUAAGAAGAGCCUCCAGGCACAUAAGUCCGACAACCAGCAAAUGAAAGCAAAACUGCGGCGGCUGGAGGAGGAUAACGCUAAAAGAGAGAAACAGAUAGAGGAGCUGUUGGAUCCCACCAAGGGCUCCGAAUACACUCGCAGUUUGGUUGACAAGAAAAGAGAAGGGAGUGUGGUUCUCAACGGGCUGAAACAGAGAAUCCUGAAGCUGGAGCAGCAGUGUAGAGAGAAAGAAAAUGCCUUAAGUAAACUACAAAGUGAGCUGAGGACCACCAACCUGGAGGAGCUGAAGAUCACAGUAGAAACCUACUUUGACGAGAUCCAGAGACUGAGGAUGCUUCUAGAAGCUGCAGAGAAAAGCAGCCGAGCGGAAAGUAAAUGCUCUCAGAGGCAGCAGAAGGCUUUAAGCUCCACGGUUCAUCGUCUGUCCGAGAACCUGAAGCAGCUUCAACAGGAGAACGUGGCGCUCAGAGAGGAGCUCAGCACUGACAGCCCUGCUGGAGGAGUUAAAGGCUACAGGGAGUGGAGUAAACAGAGGCUGCUUAGGAGGCUGCUGGAGGUGGAGAAGAGGCUGGAGGACGGCAGGAGACACGCCCACUCGGCAAAGAGCGGCGGCCGAUUGGACCGGGAGGUCCAGGCCACGCUGGCGGAGAUUCCGGGCGCUGCCAUGGCAACAGAAGCACUGGUCUCCGUGGGAACGGUCACGGAGGAGGAGGAGGGGGAGGGGGAGGAGCUUUCGGAUUUGAGGGAACGCCUCAGCCAAUUGGAAAAGGAUAGGGCGGAGCUUCAGGAGAAGUUGUCAAGUAGAGAUGAUGAACUCAAACAGUCGAGGGCCGACAGAGAAGAACUGGAGAAAGAGACGGAGCGACGGAAAGCUGAAGAGGCAAAACAACAGGAGAAAGAGAGACAGCAACAUAAACAGGAGUUGGAGAAGCUGUGGGAGAGGAUUCGUGCUCUGGAGGAGGAACGAAGCAAACCUACACAGGCUGAGCUCACGUCUGGUUCUCCCGCCACGGCCGAGAGUCACGAGGACGCUCGGAGCAGAGCAGGUCCGGGGGAGGGAGAGGAGAGACACACUGGAUGUAAAGGGAAGGAGGCGGAAGAAGAUGAGGACCCGGGUACGAACGCAGGGGAGAAAGAAAGAGAGAAAGCAGCGUCGGUCAUUCAGACUAACUGGAAGGAGCACAGAAAUAGGGACAUUGUGAUGUUGCAGUCGGCGUUAAGAGGCCAUCUACGCAGAGAGUCGCAGCUAAAGGACUUGCUGAAAGAUGCUCACAAUAAGGCUGUGGAGUCACCCGACCGCAGCGAUGCGACGUCCUCGGUCGGCGGAGAGCCGGAUGCGGUUGCCUUGACGAUGAUCCAGUCGGCGUUCAGGGGACAUCUGGCUCGCUGUAGUCUUGCAAUAAAGAGCUCAGGGUUGUCUGUGCCUUCUCCAAUGGAAAACAAUCUGCCCGCGCUGGUACCAAGAAGAGCUCGACUAGCGCACGCACCCAGCAGAACAGGUGCAGCCUCCCUCAGUAAUGAUGGAGAGAAGAAGGGCACACAGGAGGACCUCUCCUCUCCUCCCUCUAGCACUUACGCCUCCAGGAUUUCAAAAGCCCAGACGGAGCUCCAUCGCACCGCGGAGUCCGGUGGAGCCGCUGCAGUCGACUCAGACGAUUCCGACGACAUCAUCGUGUCUCCGUCACGUCCUCUGAGGAGCAGAGAAGUCCUCAUCUUGUAGACUUUCUGGAUUAUGUUUGUGUGUUUGUGUGUGUGUGUGUGUGUGUGUGUGUGAUCUUGUUUGUCUGAGGCUCGAGCAUAAUAUACGUACCGGAUCAAUUAUGUUUGAGUUCUCACUGAACCUGCAAGUAAAAAAAAUAAAUGGGCUCUCGCGACACUAUUCAGGAUAUAUAUGAGCACACCUCAACCUCAAUAUGAUGUAAAGCUGAACUGUUUCAUGGACGUGAGUGGCACAUAAACACUGAUUCGACUGACAGUGAUUUCACUUUUGAAUGAAAUGAUGCCUCAGUGUCGACGUAAGGGGUGAGUGAGGUUCAUUCUUUGUGGGUGAGGAAACACUUGUGAUCAUAAAACGUUACUCCUGAGACGAACGGCCCCGCUUCAUCGAUCUGAUUUGUUCUCUGUGGCUGUCUUCUUUGCCAAAGUGCCUGCUGCACGGGGAUUCAAAUUAAAAGUACGCUAUGAAAAGCAACCUGUUCUGUUGAGCCCAAAGCGGCACCGCGUUGAUCCUCGACACUGUAAAUUCCUCCGCGUCUCACGGGCUGAAAUAACUUAACGGAUCACAUUUAGGAAAACGUCUCGAUUCAUAAACACGCGGAUGUGCCGUGAACGCUUAAUAAACCGUGGCUGAAUUCUGAGGUGUGAUUGAGAGACGAUUGUCAACUGAUGCACUAUUGAGCCAAACUGUGAAUAAAUUAUAGAUCAGUCUGCUGCAAAAGCUGAACGGGCAGCGCAGCGGAGGAUGCACAGGGACUAUGUCUAAUGCCAAUAACACGUCUGUUUGGAGUAGAUGAGUGACCUGUCAACAGAAACAAUGGACGGCUGCAGCUUUCUCUACAUUAUGUGUGUAACUUAAUUUUCAUUUCAAUAAAAUGCUGUUUUUGUAA